AUGGAGACAGUCGACAAUGAUGGAAGCCAGAGCUACACCAAGAUCACCGCUGACAUGGGCUGUCACAAGUCAAUGAUCUGCCAAACAAUCAAGAAGGACAUUGGUUACUCCUCUGACUGCAAGUCUCACCGCAUGCUCAUCACAAAUGCCUCCAAUGAGUCGAGGGAGGUCAAGGUGGCAGCUUUGCUGAACGAGCUCAAGCAUGGGUCCGCCAAAUAUGUAUGUGUAAAAAAGACAGGAACUCGAAUGACUGAAACGAUGCACGAAAAGCAGGUAUUUCUUUGUUUCUUUUUAACAACAAAUUCAGUUUCUUCUAUGCUUGGAAAUCCUUUUCACAACAAGUGGAUAAUUACUGAAGAUGAGCCAAUUCUCUCCCAUGAUAUUUUGGUUUUCCUUCAAAAUGUCGAUAUUGAACAUCCUAUAGGCCAGUUGAUCCGUACUUGCUGUGAAGAAUACCAUAGCAGCUUUGGAUGUGGUACCAAAACUGUCCUUUAUCUUAUUGGACAAUGGACAAACCUCUGCUGCAAUCUAAAAUUUCAGGGUAUUCCUAUCUCAAAACUCCUCUUCCUUUUGAAGGAAAGUGUCAGAGAUUGCAUCACUUUCCUUGAUCACUUGGUAAUUCCCACAGAAAACUUUCUUGAUCACAGUGUUGUGUUGUCUGCUAAAGAGAAAAAAUUGCACUUUUGGGAUCUGACAAAAAUGCAGAAUCUUUCUCACAAUGUUUUGCUUGUGAAGACAUCUGUGAUCAACAACAUUCAUCAUGUUGGCUACCAGAAACUGGCCAAAGUUGAAAAUACAUGUACAAGAGAGGAAUAUAUUUUGUCUAGGAAAAUGUCAGCGAGAGACAAGUGGAUCAGCCAUGUUCAGUGGAUACUAAAGCAAUUGAAGGUGACUAUUCUUGUUGCCACUGGUAAAGUUGACAAAAACUUGGUGGAAACUUUGAGUUGCUGUGGGAUUCUGGUCUUUGAAAAUACUGAACAAACUGCUGUUGAAGCACUGGCCAGCUUGAAUGAAAAAAGCAGAAUUGAACCAGUUGUUUACAUUACAGAUGCUACACAGAAAAAUGUUUUAGCCGGAAUAUUAAUGGAACCACUAAAUGCAGACAGAAUUCUUUCCUCAAAUCAACAUUCACAAGAACUUUAUAUCGUCUUGUCUACACCACAGUGUCAAGUUCAGACAUUAGUGCUACAUCAUCCUGCACAAGCUGGGCUUGAUUUAUUAGCACAAGAAUUCCAGUUGAGUUCCCAUCGAGUAUCCAGUGCACUGAAUCAUGGUAAGGUCCUUCCUGGUGGAGGUACAACAGAACAGAAAUGUGCAGAUUACCUUCUUAACAAAGCAGAGUUAUUAAGAAAGCAAAUCCAUCCUAACUCCAAUGGACAUGAAUUAUAUAUGGCCGAAAUUCUUCUCAAACUUGCUGAGAGCUUUCAAAGUUUUUCAAAAUGUGUUUCAUUAAAUUCUGGCAGAAUGGACCGGGAUACUAGCUACAACCUCAUCCUUGAUGAUCACUUCACCAAAAUCCAAUCAUGGAAAACUGCCUUGCAACUUGUGUCCAUAUUAACUCGAAUUGAUGCUAAAGUUGUUCUUGGCAUACCUCAAUAA